UCAGGGGAACACAGCAGGGAAUAAAACAAUUGUAAGCGGAGAAUUCUCCUGCCUUACACCACAUUGCCACUAGAUGGCGGUGCAGAGCGCCAGAGCCGCGGCCAUGAAUGGUUCUUCUGCACAUGUGCACGGACUGUGAAAAGAAAGGGACAGACUCACAGGAAAUCGGUGAGAAUGCAAAUACAAAGUGCGUGUGGGAGUGAGACACCCAGGGGGAGAGGGAAAUGUCUGCUCUGAGAUACAACAAAAGCCACAAGGUUCCAGCCAUGGAGCAGGCUGCACAGGUCCAGGGAGGAUAAGUACAGCCCCAGCCCGGAUUACAGGGAAGCGCCGGUCCUGACACCUUCUCCGGGGACACUUGUUUGGACAUUUACAAUGUUCUCCGUGAAGCAGCAGAAGCCCUCGUUCAGGUCUUAUCUUCUGCCCCCCCAGCAUGAAGACAAACUCAGCCCGGAGACCAAAAUAAAGAAGCUGAAGCCAGUGCUGCUGCCAGAUUGGCUCAUAGGAAUUAUUGAGCAAAUUGUUGUUGUAAAUGACACCAAAAGAAAGCAAAAGAUCCUCUCCUCUAACAAGAAACUGAAAUUCAACCCGACAGAGUUGAUAAUUUACUGUAAAGACUUCCGCAUUCUCCGAUUUCGGUUUGAUGAGUCCGGCCCAGAAAGUGCAAAAAAGGUUUGUCUUGCAUUAGCACAUUACUCGCAGCCAACAGAUCUUCAGCUACUUUUUGCUUUUGAGUAUGUUGCCAAGAUGUAUAACAAUCAAGGAGACAGAAUAAAUGGAAUAGAUCCAGGAGGAGGAGAUACCGGUCCAAAGACUCCUUUGUACGAAACCUAUUCUGAUUGGGACAGAGAGAUCAAAAGAACCGGGGCCUCUGAAUGGAGAGUUUGCUCAGUAAAUGAAGGAUAUAUGAUUUCAAAAAGCCUUCCAGAAUAUUUUGUCGUCCCCUCCUCUCUGGCAGAUACGGAUCUAAAGCAGUAUUCCUAUUCGUUUUUUGGUCGACGUAUGCCACUGUGGUGCUGGAAUCAUUCCAAUGGCAGUGCCCUGGUGAGGAUGUCCUACAUCAAAGACCUGUUACAGCAACGCAAGAUAGAUCAACGGAUUUGUGGUGGAAUCACUCGUAGUCACCCUUUAAGGAGCGAUGUUUACAAAUGUGACUUGGAUCAUGGUCUCCCAACUCUUCAGGAUAUUCAGACUGCUUUCUCAAAACUCAAGCAGUUGAGUGUGAAUGAACUAUUUGAUGAAACAGAAGAUCGAUGGCUUUCGUCCCUUGAAAGCACACGCUGGCUGGAGUAUGUCAGAACAAUUUUGAAGCAAGCUAUAGAUCUUGUCUAUGUCAUGGAUUCCAAGCGUCUCUCAGUUGUCAUACAAGAGGAGGAAGGCCGGGAUCUCAGCUGUCUUGUGGCCUCUCUUGUUCAGUUGAUGUUGGACCCGUACUUCCGGACCAUUGUUGGAUUUCAGAGUCUGAUCCAGAAGGAGUGGGUUAUGGCUGGAUAUCCAUUUCUUGAUAGGUGCAACCACUUGAGAAAAUCUGAGAAAGAGUGUCCCCUGUUUGUUCUGUUCCUGGACUGUGUGUGGCAGCUCCUGGAGCAAUACCCGGCAGCUUUCCAGUUCACCGAGACCUAUUUAACUGUGUUACAAGACAGCACCUGCAUCUCACUCUUUGGGACAUUUUUGUUUAACUGUCCUCACCAGCGCGUUCAGCAGAGUACUGAAUUUGCAAUUGGUAAAAAUAUUCAGCUAGGGGAUGAAAAAGGACUUAAAUUUCCAUCUGUGUGGAAUUGGUCACUGCAGUUUUCAUUGAAGGAUCGAGCACUAUUUAAUAAUCCCUUGUAUAUUGGAAAGAGUGUGCCCAGUGUUCAGAAUGGGAUUACAAAGAGCUUCAAGAGGACAAAGAAAAACUAUAGUUCUACGUUACGGGGAAUACCUCCUUCUUUAAAGAAUGGGAUUAUCCCUCAACCAGAGUUAAUGCCACGUAGGAACUCUCUUAUACUGAGAUUACGACCUGAAUUAGUCCAUCAGGCUCCAGAAAUCCAGAACAAUGGGCUACAGCAGUAUCUCAGUAACUUUUUUUCUAAACCAGUGGACUUGCAUGGAGUGAUCUUACCGAGGCUGAAUGGCCCCUACAUUAAACUGUGGAAACUCUUAUACCUUCGAUGGAUUCCUGAGGCACAGAUUAACCACGGUGGCUCAAUCACUGCCUUCCACAAAAUUUCCCUGUUGGCUGAUGAGAUUGAAAUGCUGCAAACAAGUCUUCGUCAGUACCGGAGCUUCCCAUUGUCGCAGGCCACAUCCCCCGAAAGUGAACAAAGCAGAAUGUUUUUCAGAGCUGAUGACUUACAAAGCAGUUAUGAGAGCUUGGACUUCCUUUCCUCUUCUUUCCCUUUUUCACCAGUUGGGAACCUUUGUCGCCGGAGUAUACUAGGCACACCAAUAAGCAAAUUUCUAAACGGUGCCAAAAUUUGGUUAUCCACCGAAACACUUGCCAAUGAGGACUGAUGGUUGUUUAAA